AUGGGUGGUUAUGGAGUUUUGGCUAGUGAUGCUAGUGGAUUUCCCCUCUUUGCCUUAGCAAGUGCUAUGGAGGGUGGCAAUAUUCUCUAUAUGGAGCUCCUUGCCAUCAAGAAGGGGCUUGAAAAAGCCCAUCUUAUACAUUGCUCCCAUAUUCAAAGUCGGUACUCCCUCAUGGCUAUUCAGAUGAUUUCAGGGCGGUACCGGCCCUCUUGGUUUGUUUUGGAUUUACUUGAUGACAUAUUUGUUUUGAAUUCCUUCUUCCAGCAGUGUGUCUUCUUCCACCAUGUUCGUGAGAUAAAUUCUAGUGCCGAUUUCUUGGCGGGUUUUCUUUGUGCCCCUCAGGAGAUUGAUCUUCUCCUAGGUGACCUUCCUGCAGCCCUGAACGUUUUGAUUCGGGAUGAUGUAGUGGGAAAGGUGUAUCCUUGGCUGUAA